AUGCCUUUCACCGACGACGGAAGUCCCACCGAUACUUCUAUCUCUCCCACUGAGACUGAGACGGACCUUGGCUUCAGUCCUCCGAGAGACUGGCAUGCUGUAGCCGUAGCCGUGACCGUUGGCGUUGUUGGCGUCUUCCUGUUUGCGCUCAUCACAUGGCUUCUCCUACGCCUGCGUCGCAGACCAGCUGAUGAAGUCGAUGCAGCUUUCUCCCCCCGCAUGCGGCGCAUCUUCACAUUAGAUAAUGCUCGACUCUCGACUGAGUCCAAGUUCAGUUUCAUGCGGAAACCGAUGCGAGUAGCUCACCAGCAGGACGAUGGUUCUUGGGACUUUUCGGACCCAGACCCGACGCAAUUAUACAUACCUUCCAUUCCGAAGUGUCAGCUCUCCUCGCCGUGCGCGCCACCACGUUCGAAUCGCUCUAGUAUAUACAAGGGCGAGCUGUCCCCCGCUCACUCGGAUCUUGAGGCUCCUCCACCUGCUUACUGCGUAGACGGAACUAUGUGGUCCAUGUGUACCCCUCCAACAGACCAUCCGCCCCAAGCCAUUGCCUACUAG